UUCGGCGACUCCCAGCAGCUGCGGCUGGUGCGGAUCCUGCGGAGCACGGUCAUGGUGCGGGUCGGAGGAGGCUGGAUGGCCCUGGAUGAAUUCCUGGUGAAGAAUGACCCUUGCAGAGCACGAGGACGGACCAACCUUGAGCUCCGGGAGAAGUUCAUCUUGCCAGAGGGAGCCUCCCAGGGGAUGACGCCGUUCCGCUCGCGAGGCCGAAGGUCCAAACCAUCCUCCCGAGCGGCCUCCCCGACCCGCUCCAGCUCCAGUGCCAGCCAGAGCAACCACAGCUGCGCCUCCAUGCCGUCCUCCCCCGCCACCCCUGCCAGCGGAGCCAAGGUGACCCCCUCGGCGGGCAGCAAGCUGAAGCGACCCCCCUUCCACUCCAGCCGAACCUCCUUGGCUGGGGACACCAGUAACAGCUCCUCACCAGUCUCUACAGGUGCCAAAACCAGUCGGGCAG